GGAGUGGCGGGGUUGCAAGCAUGCCCCAAAGACACAUCUUUGCAUCCACUGACACAUGACUGGGAGAGGACCCACUACCUGGCUGCCUGCGGGAAGGGGAGCGUUGCAAAGUGAGAAGGGAUCAGGAUCAUUCAUACAAUGUGUCACUUCCUAUCCUGUCUGUGACUGCAGCACCAGGAAGCUGCACGUUGCUGCUGCAGCAGAUACAGCUCUUAUCGCAGCCCUUUGUGUGUGUGUGUGUGUGUGACAUGGCUGUAUGCUGAGAGAUGGUGCAUUAACUCCGUCCCUACCAUGGCUGCCAAGGAGGAUCUGUACAGCAAACUCAUCCCGAAGAGGAAUAGGCAGCACCGCAGCGGGACCGUCAAGCAUGGAUCAUCCCUGGAAAUUCUACUAUCUAUGGGCUUCCCCAACGCCAGGGCGCAGAAAGCUCUGGCAUCGACGGGCGGGAGAAGCGUACAGGCGGCCUGUGACUGGCUGUUCUCGCAUAUAGAUGACCCCUUCUUGGAUGACCCCCUGCCUCGCGAGUAUGUCCUUUACCUACGGCCCAUGGGUCCCCUCGCCCAGAAACUCUCGGACUUCUGGCAACAAUCGAAGCAGCUGUGCGGCAAGAACAAGGCCCAUAAUAUAUUCCCCCACAUCACGCUCUGCCAGUUCUUCAUGUGCGAGGAUAAAAACGUGGAUGCGCUGUGCGAAGCGUUACAGACCACCGUCACUCACUGGAAAUCCAAAUUCCCCAACCCCCUACCGCUGGAGCUCUACACCUCCUCCAACUUCAUCGGCCUCUUUGUAAACGACGACUGCGCUGAGAUCCUAAAGAAGUUUGCCGCAGACUUUGCAGAGGAAGCCUUGAUAAAAACAGCACCAUCUAUUUCAGAUGUCCGCGUGGAGCCUCACAAGAAGCAGUUACAUGUGACGCUGGCUUAUCACUUCCAGGCGAAUCACCUGCCCACGCUGGAGAAACUGUCCAAGAACAUCGACUUAAACCUUGGCUGUGAUUGGGUCGCUGCAAUAUUCUCCCGGGACAUCCGCUAUGCCAACCACGAGACGCUACAGGUUUUAUACCCGUAUCUGCCACAAAACGACGAUGAACUGGAGUUGGUUCCCGGGGAUUUUAUCUUCAUGUCACCAGUGGAGCAGACGAUCGCCAGUGAAGGUUGGAUCUAUGGGUCCUCGCUGGCAACGGGCUGUUCCGGCCUCUUACCGGAAAAUUAUGUCAUGAAGGCUGAUGAAUGUGGCAGCUGGGUGUUUCACGCGUCAUACUCACUCCUCAACGCGGCGUGUGCCUCCUCUUACCCUCUGAGUGACGCUGGGCUGGACAGGAGACAGCAGGAUGAACACGGUCUGGGGGAAACGGCGGCACUUACCAUUAUCUGCCAGCCCAUGCAGCCUCUGCGAAUGAACAGCCAGCUGGGCCUGAAGAAGCGCUGUCUCUUCGUGUGCCGCCAUGGGGAACGGAUGGAUGUGGUCUUCGGGAAAUAUUGGCUAUCUCAGUGCUUUGAUGCAAAAGGCCGAUAUGUGCGGACGAACCUGAACAUGCUGCCCAGUUUACCGCAGAGGAGUGGCGGCUACCGGGAAUAUGAGAAGGACGCUCCGAUAACGGUCUUCGGGUGCACACAAGCACAGCUUAUCGGGGAAGCGCUGCUGGAGAGUAACACUGUUGUAGAUUUCGUGUACUGUUCCCCGUCACUGCGCUGUGUACAAACUGCACACAACAUACUGAAAGGGCUCAAGCAAGAGAAUAAGGGAAAGAUUCGCAUAGAACCUGGCUUAUUUGAAUGGACCAAGUGGGUAUCUGGCAACGCUCUCCCCGCCUGGCUGUCGCCCACAGAAUUAGCGGCUGCAAAUCUAAGUGUAGAUACAACGUACAGACCUCACUUCUCUAUCAGCAAGCUGGUGGUAUCCGAGACGUAUGACACUUACAUGAGUCGCAGCUUCCAGGUGACCCGGGACAUCCUGAGCGAGUGCAAGAGCAAAGGUAGCAACAUCCUCAUCGUGGCUCAUGCCUCCUCCCUGGAAGCCUGCACCCGCCAGCUGCAGGGUCUCGCCCUACAGAAUGCCAAGGACUUUGUGCAGGUUGUCAGAAAGAUCCCGUACUUGGGGUUUUGCUGUUGCGAAGAGCUCGGAGACUCCGGCCUCUGGCAGUUGACUGAUCCCCCGAUACUCCCCCUCACUCACGGACCAACCGGCGGCUUUAACUGGAGGGAAACAUUACUUCAGGAAUGAACGCUGAGGAAGGACCAAGCUAUUUAUCCAUAUCAAACUGUAGAACAUAUUGCCUUUGUAUGCAAAUGCAGGCAAAGCAUCACGGCGCUGCCUAAUUAUACCAAUGUAUUACAUGUCUGAUAUAUAUAUAUAUAUAUAUAUAUAUAUAUAUAGUAUAAUGUGAGGUUUAUAAUAGUUAUUUUUGUUGAAAAUCAAUAUUUACCAGGUUAAAGUGAUAUAUAUGUAUAUUAAGCGGAUAUGUGCCGGCCCAGUGCUGGAAGUGUAAAUAGAGCAUGAAUCCGCAGCCACUUUAUACAAGCUAAACCUCAAAUCAAUGUCUGUGAGUCCGAGCGCAGCUUACGUUCUGUCUGCAGAGCUCCCUGGCAUUGGGCUGACAGAGCUCUCGUCUUCCCGCUCAUCGUAUUAUGUGCUGCACCCGUUACUCCGUCACGGCUGUUGGGCUUUAUCGGACCCAGGUUACCGUGUGUUAUCCAGCUCAUACAGUAAGUCCUCCUGUGGCAGAGUAACAAAAUAUUAUCCCUUGGAAUGAACCCUUCCUGAGUGUAAGAUUGUGAGGGAGAUUCUCCUGACAGAGUCCUUGGAAUAGUGGAUCAGUAUGGAUUUCGUACAAAUCCUGAGGUAAAAUGUUUGGCUCUGGUACGGUGGGGGGUGGUGGUGUUAUUAAAUGGUCAUACAUGGCCCCAAAGCCUUAUAUAAACCAUUCCUGUUCUCAUCUACCCCUACGCUUGGGCAGGCCCCCUACAAAGUCCCCAUCCCUGGUUAGCAUACUUUGGAGGAGAGUUAUGAAACCUGUUCCGGAAGAGUUGAGCUGCUCCUAACAACCAGAUAUUUGGGCUCAUUUUCUAAAUUGUGCAAAACAAAAUGAUGCAAUCUGAUUGGCUGACAGGGGCAAAUUCAAAAACCUCCCCUUCCCCUCAGGGACACUCCAUUUCAACUAGGUGCCUUCAAAGAAGAGUCUCUUCCACACCAGUUGCCAAAUGCAACUUUCUGUAAGUUUUCUUCUCAAUGGAGGAAGUUAGGCAGUGUAGCCUGGAGAAGAUUUCGCAGGAAAUUUCACAUUCCAAAUAGAUUCCAGGUACUCUAAUUUUGCCUAGUGAGGAUACUACAAACUUGGUGUCCCCGACAUAGGCGAAUGCACCACUUGUGAGUCUCUUAAAACCCACCAUAAUUCCGAAUCCAACUGCUGCCUUGAUGUGGGCCUGGAUGUUGACCUUUGUGGUUACUGCAAUGGUACAGUCUGGCUCAGAUAAAGAGAUGCGGGUGUAAAGUCGUAAAUGGAUACUUCAAACUCUUCCUUCUUAAAGUAGUGUCAUCUUUAGGUCGAGUUAAAAGAGUUGACCAGUCAGCCCAUAGAAAGGAAUGGUUCCUUUUUCCAGUUAACGUUACCAAACACAAGGUUAUCAAUCCUUUCUUUUCUCAGGUAGGUCUAGGGGACAAUCUUCCAUCUCAUGUGGAGCACCACAAAAGGCUUUGCCAGCCAAGUGACCAAUAUCCAAACCCUCUCAUAAACACAAGUGGGUUUGGAUAUUGGCAGCUUGGCUUAUAGGCUCUUGGACCACAAAAGGGUUCCUAGGUUGGGAAUCCUGUUCCCUCUCCUCGGUACUCUGCUCAGUUUUGGAUGCCUGGAUAGAGGAAUAAUGAAGUAAGGCUGCAUUAUAGACCACCUGAAAAUCACCUCAGUCAGGAAUCUCCAAGAGUAAUUUUGUUAUUUUCUCUUCAUCUUGGCUACAGAGCCCAGAGCAUUCAAGUAGAUUAUGGUGGUGAUGUCCUCCCUUUCAUAGAGCGGGGGGUGGUAACGGUGGUUCCCUAACCGCUGGACCUAUAAAUCAAAGCAGGAUCCUCCUCCUUACUCCUGCCCGACAGACAGGUGACAACCUAAUCUCUGGAGUCACAUGGAUGGCAUUGCUACAUUCCAACAAAUAGUACUUCUGGGACUGCUAAUCAGAAAGUAUUCUUGUUUAUUUAAAGAUCUUAGAUCUACAGGCACUAAUAAGGUCUACCAGGUACCAAGAGACUGAGGGGCCAUAACCUCAUGAGCUGUCCCUUCACAAAUUGGUACUGGAUUAUUUUAAUAACAGCUACUAUAUACUAUACCACUCAGUGCUGUCUAGAUUGAUUCUUGUCCCAGGAGGAGUCAAAACUUCCCAUGGAGGUUCUAGAGCCAAGAGCAAGGUUGAAAACUAAACUGUUGUGGAAGGCAGUAACCAUUCCAAAUGACAUUAACAUUGGGUCAGGCAGAUGUUGGCAUUUUGGUUAAUAACCACAAAGUGAGCCAUUGUUCCUUGGAAAUUUCAGCUAGUAUAACUUUUUCCUAUGGGUCCUCAAAAGGAUCAAGAGAGAGAGAGGAUACUUGGGUCAAUUUGGACUGGCCAUGGAGUUGCUGGUGCUAAGAUCUUCUACGUAGGUCAUGGUUUUUCAUUAUCAUCCUGAAAGUGAAAAAAAGCCUCUUGGACAGUGUAAUUGAUUGGAGACGAUGUAUAAAGCUAGGAGAACUACUUAGAAACUACCAUAGAGUUGGGAAUCCCAUUUCCUGGUGCGUGAAGAGAGGCUUUCAAAGCACUACCACUUGGUUACCCCCCACUCUUGUUGUUUGAGUCCUGAAAGAUCUAGAUUUUUUACCAAAAGUGGUAUCUAAAUUCCACCUAAAUCAAGAAAUUAUUCUUUAAGAAGGGGUCCUCGCAGCAAUUAAAGAGGGUUCUCCCAAUGAGCUAUAGGACCACACUAUUAGAUGGACAGAAGACCUGUUUCUUCUAGAUGAUGCUCAGAAAGCUGGUUCCUCAGAAUAUUAAGGCUCAUUUUACGGUUUCAAUAUUUUUGAGCCCAAAAGGCCAGUUAUGGCAGAAAGUCUCGUUCUCUGCAAAUUUAGCACAUUCCCUCCCUUUGGGGCGGCGUUGGGACAUCCAAUUGGAUUUUUGUACUUCCGUUUAAUUUGUCAGAGAUCAUUGUGGGACACUGCGCUCCCUCUCCACCUUUAUGCUUUUUGGUGGAAUCUGUUCCAUGUUGGAAAACGGUUUUCCUUGUUCUUGUGUGCUAUUGUCCCCCUCUCGGUUUAUUUGAUAUCAGAGGACACGAUUCUGGUUUGGACGCUAAUGCUGCCGCAAAUGCGAACGCUUACGAAGUUAAAGUGCUAAAAUAUGCAAGUGCUAUUUUAACAAGUCUCGGCAUGUAUGAGCGUGUCAAAGUGAAAACGCUGCCUUAUCCGAGUAUUGUGCAGAUCUGCCGGAUGGGUCGUGCGCACUACGUCGGCUAAACAUCGUUGGCUCACGUAAGUCCUGGAUCAUGCAGAUAGAAUUCUGUAACUUUCAACAAAUAUAGCCACUGUGGUACUAAAGAGAGAGCGCUCAGCUGCCUGCACAAGCCCGCCCACGACCCGCCCACAACCCACCCAGUACCCACCCACUACCUGCCCACAACAGCCUCUCUUUGCAGUUAUCUUUAGUUACUGCCCAGUCUCCACCCAUAUUUGCAUAUUGGCAAUGGUCUUCUCAUAUACUUGCGAUUAAGUACGCAACUGCGUUUCUGAGGAUAUUCACGCGUGCAUAGUAGCAAAACAUCGUCUAUUUACAAAAAUAUCGACAUUACGUACAAAUCAGAAUCAGACCCAGAGUUUCCCUGAUGGGAGCAUAACCAGAUUAAAAAGAGGGGUGCAGGACAUACUGUACCCCAGGCCCCCCUUUGUCAGAGGGCCCCCAGCCAGAGGACACUGACAUCACUAGCUUUCCCUUUUAUGUAGCAGCAGAACCAGGCAGCCAGAAUGCGGGCAGGGUAGUGCGCAGUGCAGGCAGAGACACAGGAGUUACAGGUUUCAUGAGCUACCUACGGAGCUUUCCAACCAGAGGAGAGAUAGGAGGGUGGAGAGAGCUGUAAGUGACACAGGGAUCCCAGCCUCUCUUCCUCCCUGCCUGGGUCUUAUGUAACUUGUUAUCUAAUGAGGUUCUAGAGAGAGACCUCCUGAGUCCUGUCCCAGUGUGUAAGUAGUACAGAGGCUGCUGCUAUUCUUGCAUGUGACAAUGGGUGAUGCCAAUAAUAUAUUAAGAGGGAAGUCCAGGUAGAACGCAUUUUGUCCCUCCUGUAAUGGCUCAUGUAGGGGUUAUGCACAUCUAAUAUACCCCCCCCCGUUCCUUCCACAGGGGGCCCUCCUGUCUUAAGUGCCCCGGGCACCUCCAAGGCUUGAUCUGGCCCUGGAUGGGAGGGGAUAUUGAGGGGGAAAUAUGUUCAUUAUUCGCAAAUAUCUGGUUGCUAUGGGCUACUGCAAGUUCGCAUUCUGUCCAAAAUCCUGUAAAAUAACAGAUCCACCGAUCUAUAGAGCUGUUCUAGUCAUUAGCUAUGGUAUCUUGUCUCUCUGCCGCCGGGUACUGUGCGAGCUGUCUGGUUACACGGGAUGGGGUUACAGUGCACCGGUCACCCACACGCAGCAGGGCCUGCCAACCUUGUGCCAUUUAUUGACCGUUAAAAAGUAAUAAUAAUUAAAAUGUUUUAGUCAAUAAAAGGAACAGGUCAAUUAAAAUGAUGAAUUUUUCUAUCCCUAUUAUCCUGCUAACAGCUGAAAUAACAAAUCAAUAACCCCAAUUAAAAAAAAAAAAGAGGUGGGGGAAGAUAGACGGCCGUCAGUUGCAAAGGUUGGCAAGCCCAAUGCGCGGCGUAGGAGCCAUUUUGUGUGCAAAAACUAACGUUUAUGAGUAUGCAGCGUAUCUGUUCACUAGGAAGAAGCAGUAACAUCCCCCCGCAGCCCCCAUUUUUGAGGUAUACACACUGUUGUAACUCUGGAAAAAUGGGAUGUGGCCUAACCUGGUUUUGGGCGUGUCCAUGCAGACUGGGAUGGGCCUGGGUUGUCCUGGAACUGGAGCCAGUCAGACAUGGCGGCUUUAUAGUGAAUGGAUAGGCUGCACUCUCGGGGCUAGGCCUCAGACGUGACAGACGCACUUUACCGUGCAGUUCAGCAUGGGCGUGUUCUAUGUACAUUCAGCGCCUGCAUUCAUGUCAUUUAGCUAUGCAGUACAAGGACUUCCACGAGGUGUAAAUAGAGAAGAUGACGGGGGUUGUGGUUGCUGUUUACCUACCAUAGGUGUUGUAGUGACGCAGCGUCUAAGUUACUGAGUGUCAGGGGGCGGCAGCGCUGAUGGAAACGGGAGGCCGCUCGGGAUAUUCCUUAUUGCAGAAGUUACUUGUUACGCGGUACAAUAUGUUUUGGCAGCUACUGGUCUAUAGCGUCUCAUCCUGAUUGGCCCUAGAGACACGGCAAGAUAGAGCUACUCCCACACAUUCACAUAUGGCGGCUGCCCAUAUUUAUUCUGUGCCGUGAGACUCCCAUAGAGAACAGGCUGCGCGCAGGUGGAGCUAAACGCCGUCGUAUAGUUCCGCAUUGUACGGAAGCUUGUCCCGCGCCAUGCGCAAUCGGUCGUCUCACGGCACUGCGGUAAAUGCUUCUCGUAAUGCUCCAAAAGCAUUUAACAGCAAAUUCAAACUUUCCCGUUACUAUUACAGCGGAGCGAUCGCGGUCAGGCGUUCAGGUAGUCAUGUAUCUGAGAGCGAUAAAGCAAGAAUAUAAACAGGUGCGCCGGACGCUCCGCAUUCAUUUAUAGCCCGUUCUAACCGAGGGGUAUAUUCAUGAGGCAGUGAAAAGAGUGGAGAAGUUACCCAUGGCAACCAAUCCGCUUUUAAGUAACAUUUGCCAAGUGCGUUCUAUAAAAUUAUACGGAGCAGCUAAAGGGUUGCCAAGGGCAACUUCUCCACGCUUUACACUGCUUCAUGAAUAAACCCCUGAAUUCCUAAAUUCAGCAUCCUACAGUGCAGCCCCCCAGUAUAUCGAGUGUGCAGGUUCUAUAUGGGGGACUUAGCUCCUGAUCCACUUAUUGCUGACACGCUCAUCUGCCGUAAUAAUAAGGAAACGGAAUUUAGAGAAAUUUUAUUCCAAAGCUAUUGCUGUAACUGUGAUGUGUGGGAGACCCCAGUAUCCAGGCUCCCGGUCCCCGAUAGCUAAAUAUACACGGGAGGGAGUUCUAUUAAAUAGUUACCACCCAGUCAGGAAUUCAGGGCUAUUGUUCUGUGUUUGCGAUACUAAACUAUAUAUUAUUGUCCGAAUGAAUUUGCACAUAUAGUAUGUAUAUAUAUAUAUAUAUAUAUACACACACAUAUACAUAUAUAUACAUAUAUAUAUAUAUAUAUAUAUAUAUAUAUAUACAUACACAGUACUUGUUAUCUACCUAGCAAAAAUUAUUCCUCUACAGCACAGUAAGGCAACCUGUGGCUGAACCACAAGUUCCAGCAUGCUGGAACUGGGCCGUCACAGGGAGCUAAGCCUGGUUUUCUUUUACAAUUGCACUGUAAUUAGAGUGUUCUGCUAUAUUUUUACAUUCUGUGAGUCUAGAGAAUGAAAAUAUGUUUAUUUAAAGAAUGACAAUCAAACCAAAAAAUGCGGACGCCUUUAUGAGGUGACCUGUGUUACAGCUGUGUUCGAGAGACAAUGAAAGAGUGUUCACAGAGAAACCACCAGGGGGCACUGUCAUCUGAUGGCCAAGACAGCAUAGUAGAUGUAGUUAAAGGGUUGUCACUCUAACCUUGUUUGCCCACGCCUUCCUGCAACUUCUACUAUGUACAUUGCUUCAUCUGUCACUUGGCCCUUGGAUAUGACGCAGAUCUGCUCCCAAGGUACAAUGCUAAAUUGAAGUAACGAUUUGGUAAAAGUUGCAGGAGGGCGAUUUAAAAAAACGAAUACAGCGUUUUCCUAGACAUUAUAUGUCUGGGUAUUGGGCUUCAGGAAACCGUACAUUGUAUUAUUUCAGGACCUCUUAUUGUAGUAGCGUUUUGAUAAAACAGGGACAGUAAGAGUCCUGGGGGUAAAUUUACUAAGAUGGGAGUUCUAUUUAAGAUGGGAUGUUGCCCAUAGCAACCAAUCACAUUCCAGGUAUUAUCUUCUAGAAGGUGCUAAAUGAAUGAUAAGUUGAAUCUGAUUGGUUGCUAUGGGCAACAUCCCAUCUUAAAUAGAACUCCCAUCUUAGUAAAUUUACCCCCUGGUCAGAUCACACCGUAUGAAACGUUUCCACAAGACCAAUCCACGCUGCAGCCACGCGGUGACCUCGCGGAGGUCAGUCCCCGACGUUGCUGCUACUUUCUGGCUUAUCAGAUACAUUCCCAUGCACUUUGCAUGACGGUGCCUUGAAGUAAAGCAGUGAUAAAGAGUUCAGAGCGGCAGGGCAGGAAUUCAGGAUGUCACUUGUUUAGCGCACAGCAUCCUGGUCACACAUAUGGAGAGGUGACAUCCUGACGCGCCUGCAAUUGCCGACACUGACCGGCGAUGUCCUAUGUUGCACUUUUUAUGCUUUGCAGGCUGCUAAUCUGCUUGAAGGGAUCAUCGUAGCAUUAAUAGUGAUUUUCUCACACUGGAUUCCGACACUUGUGUAUUGUGUCUGACGUGUAUUAUAAUGCAGAUGUGAAUGACCCGUUGUCACUGAAAUGGAGAUUACAAUAUUUCCCUUUUCAGUCCAGUACUAGCUCUGUAUUUUGUCCUAAAAUGCGUUGGAUAACUGAAAUAAAUGUCUCUCUGUA